CCUUAUCUCAGCAGACGUCAAAAUCUAUAUAUCGUAGAAUAGAUCGAUGAUUAACGCGCAGAGAUGCACAGAAGAGAUUCGCCCGAGUUGGGUCAUUCUGUUUGCGAACCCACCUCCUCUCGAAGAACUGUGUGCCGUGACGGUAUUUGUACAAAAUCAAUCGCUAGUCGCGGUCACAUUCCAGCCUCAAAUAAUAAAAUGCAGGGAGCUGAUUUUUACUGAACCGGACAUUAUUGCUACUCCUUCAUUGGAUUUUGAUAACAGUCUACAUGUAAUCAUGCAGCAGUCCCUCUUCAAAACAGGAAGACUUCAAAACCGGUUUCAGAAGAUUGGACUUGAUGCCAGUAAGCCAUACAGAGUUACUCCAGCAUUGUAUCAGUGCUGUCUGAGAUACACUCUGACUGCCAAACUAGCACCACACUGGAAUAAAGCUGAACAGUGGAUGUUACAAGGUCGAGAUUUUUUAACGAACACUGGCUAUGCUAAUGCUGUUAACAUGAAUCUUGUGGUAAACAAGGAUGAACUAUUCUUGUCCAUUCUAGCAAGUGCAGUGAGGUUUCCACCACUACAGCUGGAUCAUCUGUGUUUGGAUCAGUCGGAGAUGGACUCGAUUCUCCACUCACCUGAAGAAAAACUCCAUCAUGUUUCUAUCACCGACUGCUGGUGUCAUGUUUUACCAAGCAUGAAAAGAGGAAGGAUCUUCAGUGUAAGUCGUGGUGUACCAGACAGCGGCCCUUUCAAAUGUUACAGAGAUUUCAAGAGACACUGGAAGAAUAUGUAUGGCUAUCGACUUCCUGAGACUGACGAGGACUUCUUCUACUAUGAAGUGACUUUCAGAGCUUCGGGAUGCGGCAAGAUGUUCACAUACCCUGGCGUGUGUCUGCGGGCUAUGAACAUACAGAGGAUUCCACGAGUCGACUGUAAGCCCAUCUUGGUGGAAUUUCUUCAGGAUCUGCACUCCAAGAUGCCUUCAGUUUGUGGUCACCAUCUCCGGUUUAAGCCCAAACUGAAAUACACUGUCCCUGGGCUGUACGUCGGCAGUGAGGAAAAAAGUCAUGGUGCCAUCAACCUGUCGAACAAGAAUCCUGCCGCUAGUGCUGUCCCUUUCAGAAACAUCAAUGAGCUCCAGCGUGUGUAUACUCCACAUACUCAAGACAAAAUAGCGCAACAGACCAGGGGUGCUACUACAACGUCUGUGACAAGCGACUUGUUUCACAGCCAGCCUGUAGGAAUAAUUAGCCAUCUUACAACACAGGGGGUUCACAAAGACAUCACUUCAACAGAGGCAUCUCAAUCUCAAACAAACAUUACCCUGUCACGUCCGAAUAUCAUCUCUACUUCUCAUCUGAAUAACCUCUCUACUUCACAUUCCAAUAGCACUAUUACUUUGCAGUCUGAAACAACAGCCAAGAGAGUUAUUCCACUCUUCCGACCAAAGACAAAACCGAUUUCUUCAUUGUCUCUAAGUUCUGAUACUUCAGUUAAGAGAAGCAUACCAAUAUUCAAAGCAGCAGUACAAAAGUCUGGUUCAAGGGACAAUUUUGGGCCGCAGGAUAACAACUCUGUGUACACCGAGAAGAAACUGGAGGAGUUGAGAAUAUCACACCCUCCGAAACCGGUCUUCAAGCCGAACAAGAAAUCCGUUCCAAGCUGCUCAUCUGUGAAGCUUGUAUCCAACUUCAGCGGUUUAUCAAGCAAUUUGUCUCAAUUGACUCCUGCGGUAGACAAUAAUGAGUUCCGAUCUAAGACACAACAGAACUUGCUGGGCAGCACCAAUGGCAUAAUCACCAGACCGGUAUCAGGGUGUACGCCGAAUUUCAGGACAACAGGUUCAACAUUACCAGGAAAGAAAAGAGAACUAACAAAAACUGAUGCUCAGGAUGUAGAGGUCAAGAAGCCACGCCCUCGACAGCAAGUUCAAGAGGUUGAUGUCGAGCAGCUUGCACAGGCAAAUCAGCUUGGAAAGGUGAACUCUGUGACGCUAUUGGCCUGGCUGAAGCAAAGAGGAGUGCCGUGCAAGUCGAAGGAUAAGAAGGGAGAUUUGGUGGAGAGAGUGAAACACAUUGUGUGUCUCAAACACGCUGAGUCAUGAGACAUUAAAUAUUGUGAAACGUUACCACACUGAGACAUUAAAUAUUGUGAAACGUUACCACACUGAGACAUUAAAUAUUGUGAAAUGUUACCACACUGAGAUAUUAAACUUUGUGAAAUGUAAACACCCUGAGACAAAUAUUGUGAAAUGUUGUCGCAUCGAGACAUUAAAUAUUGUGAAACAUUACCACACUGAGACAUUAAAUAUUGUGAAAUGUCACCACACUGAGACAUUAAAUAUUGUGAAAUGUCACCACA